CAUGGAGAGUCGGAUCGAUGUUAACAACAUUACACAGGAACCGUCUACUGUGUCAUCCGUCUGAUUUCAUGUAUUCGCAUGAUUUAGCCGUCCAAAGUGGUGAUAUCAGUGGCUGACCAUGGCUCCGGUGACAUUCUGUGGAGUUUGUACAUACUGUGGUAUCAUUUUGUGUCUUUUGACUGUGCUUUUAGUUGAGAAAGUGAAUUCCUCUGCAACAUGUCAGGAGAAAUAUUUAGAUGGACAAACACCGGAUACCAAACAUAUAGUUACAGUUGGGGAAAAGAUAACACUCAGAUGUGAUUUGUCUGCGGUCAACGAAACAACGGAUGUGGUCUACUGGAAGAAUGAUGAAGCCGUGAUGUCCGAGGAUGGUGGUGUAAUUCCAAAAUUUCAGUCUAAAUUCAAUGUAUCUUAUGGGAAGAAUGCGAAAGGGAUACUUCUCUACACAAUCUCAUGGAUAGCAGAGUUAGACGAUGCAGGGAGUUAUAACUGUACAUGCUCAACAGGUGGAAUAAGAUUCAGAGUUUGGAUUAGGCGCCCCUGUAAUACGGUGGAUAACGUUUUGUCCAAUGGUACAUCUGUGGAAGUUCUUGAUUUCCUCUCAAAUAACACCCGUGUCAAAGAUGUAGCAUAUAAGGAUAGUUUUAACUUCAGUAUUGCACUCGACUGCAAUUGCACUUGGCCAGAGGUUAACAGGACUUUCAAUGGUGUAUGGUAUACUAAUGACACAGACACAGCAUCAGUCUGUGGGAGCGGUUGUACGGAAAUAGAAGAUGUUCAGAUGGCUAACAUCACCGGUUAUCAGGACACUUCGCUAACACCGAUUGGUUGCUACACUGGGAAAGGUUCUGUGACAUAUCGGUACAGAAAUGUCUUCGGCAGUAUUCACCCGAACAUAACCUGUACUCCGGAGAUGAUGAAUAGAGUAUACAACUUCUAUAUCAAUGAGGCGCAGAGCACCAAGCAGAGAACACUCAUGAAGAUUCGUUGUGGUGGUUGUACCAAUGAUUCUAGUGUGUCUGCAACUAGCUACGUGUGUAUGAUCACAGGCCCUAUCAUGGGUUGCUGCCUGGUAGGCAUGAUCAUACUGAUAGUCAUCUUAAGGUGUUGGGAUAAAAUUGAUUGCUGCUGCAUAACUCAAGAAACCUGUCCAGCUCCUGAUCCCAAAAAAAUAGCAACUGCAGCUGUGAAAAAGGUUCUCAUAGCCAAAAUUGUCUUUGGCAUCUGCUUGGGCACAGGGGCGGUAUGCUUAAUUGCCCUUUUGGUUCAGAGUGUCAGCGAUAGUAAUUGCAAGAUACCAUCGUCAAGGGCAUGUGCUUGUGCAAAAUGCGAAUGUGCAUUGCCACAAUCAGACCUCAUUGCGGCGUCCUGUGUCGGCGUUCUGACCGGUGGAGUAAUUAUCGUCUCCAGCAUCUUUUUAGCAAAAGUGUUCUUGCCAACAGGUCAUUUAUCUUGCACCGGGACGCAAGAAACCUAUAUAUAGUAGAGAAAAUAGCCAACAUCCUCUACUGCACCUGGGGCAGUCGGAGACAUGUAAAUACACUGAUGAGCAGACAAGUUCUUGUUUAGUUCAGCAAGAUGAAAACGACAUACUUAAAAACGAUGAAAAUGAAAACACUUGAUUGCGCUCCCUUCAGGUGUUGUCAAAUGUUUUCAGCAUCGAGUGCAACAACGGUCUUUUUGACACAGCACCAAAUAAAUCGGUCAACAACCAAACCCACAUCAUCAACAGGCACUGAGCAUCACCGACGAUUGACUAAUGAUGAUGACGAUGUAAAGAUAAUAAAAAAAAUAUUUUAGCCUUGGGCACACAUGACAGACAAAACAUUGUUCUUGGUGAAAAUCUCCAUAUUUUUGAAAAAUCAUUGUUGUGGAACGUUUGUCUUUGUUUUGUCAUUUUGCUCGUUGUUUGCGAAUUACUUUACUGUAAACCUGGCAAUAUUCAGGGUCAAUUCAUUACAUUUUCAUGAAAUCGCGAUCUGGAUUUAAUUUUAGUGAGAUUUUUAGCUCACCUGGGUGAGCCUAUGUUGUCACGUCUUGUCCGUCGUCUGUCUGUUGUUCGUUGUCCGUCAACAAUGGUGGCACGUUUGCUCACUGUCGAGUCUAGAAAGUUGAAACUUGGUGUGUGGAUGUCUUAUGACAACAUGACGUGACACACAAUAAAUCAUCGCCGUAUAACCUACUUUCUGGGCUCCAAAAGUGGCCAUCUUUGAAAACUUUAUUUUGGCAAUAUCUAAUGAAUGUUGAUAGAUGUAGCUAGAACCAUGACAUUUUUACUGUCAAUACUUCUGAUGAGACUUCUUGACACAAUAUCCAAGUUUUUUGAUUUGGCCUACUUUUGAAGGUCGCAUGUUCAAACCCUAAAAUUUCAGCAAAGGUGGCGCAUUUCGUCAUCAAUUGUCUUAGACUCUUCAAAUUUGGUAUGUAGAUACCUAUUGGGCAUCUGAACAUAUCAACAAAACUCAGGUCAGUGUGACCUACUUUUCAGGUGUAAGUAGGCCAGGUCAUAAAACCUCAAUGUCACUCGUAUAUCAAGACUCCUUCACUGUGUGACCUUCAAAGUGUCAUUGUAUAUCAUUGAUUGAUAAUGGAUAUGAUCAAGCUUAACAUUGUGCUGAUAACAUUAUGACCUUGACCUAGUUUCCAAGGUCAGAAAGGCCAAACUCUAAAAUUUCACUACUAUUUGUCACAGAUUCUUCCAAUUUUAUGUGUAGACACCUAUUGGGCAUCUGUACCAGUUGACCCUAAUUAGGUCAAGUGUGACCUUAUUUUGAGCUAGUUAUCAAGUUUACAGAGGUGAAACUGUUAAAAUUGUCAUUGAUAGUGCCACAUUUUGUCUUUUUAAAAAGUCAAUUAAACCUCAAUGUCUCAUUUCAUCUACCACUAAAUGAUUUCCAGGUGAGCACAAUGUCCCCAGGACAUUUCUAUAGUGGACACUGUAUUUUUGCAAUUAUCCAUAAAUGUAAAAAAACCUGAAUAUGAAAGGUACUGCAUGCUAAUAUUAAUAGAUACCUGUGUAUAUAUGUAUAUAUCAAUACAUAUAAUCUAAUAUGUCGACUCUCAGAUUGCAAAGACAUUGUUUAAUACUACACCAGAGGCUGUGGGUUGCGAUUCUGUGCAUUGUGUCAUGGUCCUUCUAUGCUGCUUGUGGAACUGUGAUAUGCAAAAAUUAGUGAAUUCUUGCACUGCAAAAAUUAGUGAUAUCUUGCACAACUUGAAGUUUUUAAAUAUUGUUUGAAAAAAUGGCUGUGAAGAGAUGAAGGUGUGUAGGUGAUGGUUGAUAGAGUUAUGUGUGUAUAGCUAGCUCAAUGAUUUGCAGAUUUUAUCCAAGGGGUGAUAAUUGACUCAUUGUAUCUGUCUGUUUUUACCAUUCAAACAGCAGGCCUCAAAAUGCCAUGGUAGGUUUGAACACAUAAACCUUUCAAGGACACCUGGAGUGAGAUUUGGAUCUUUUAUCUGUAAAAAGGAAUGACUAGACUGCAGUGUAUCGAGGUUUCAGUCAGAAUUAUUUUUAGGCGUGACGUUUACACGCGGUGCAUGUAGUGUGGUCUACCAUCUUCAUUUUCAUGUUAUAAGGGAGAAUCUAAAUAAUGACACUUUUCCAUUCCUUAAAUGGAAGAAAAUCAGUAUUUGUAGAGCAUAAUAUGAUGAUUUAAAUACGUUUAGAAAAGAAAUAUGUGCUUAGAAUGUAAUAUAGAAUGAUACAUUUGAGUUCACACAGCACAAGUUAUACUAUUCAUUGGUUAUAGAAACAUCGCGGGAAUAUUUUCCAGUCACUUUGAAAAGACAGUCCUUAAAAGGUUGAAUGUGUUCCAAGUCACUCUCUUUUUAUUUCAUUAGUUACUUGAAAGUGAGAUAAAUUAUGUUUGUUGAAGACUUCUUAGGUUAUUUUGACGAAUGGUGGGAGACAACACUUUGAUAUGUCGCACAAUUCAAUAUUUGUGAAUGAAACAGUUAGGUUAAACCCUUUUGUUGCAGAUGACGUGCGUAGCAUGUCAUGCACAUGUUCCAAUCAAUGGCGAGUGACGUGCCUAGCACGUCAUGUCCUACAUCAAUUUUUACUUAUUAGCACUUGGCCGCAGCCUCUCUGAACAUGCCAAACAGACUGGAAAAAGAUGGUUGCAAAUACUAUAGAUAGUGACACUUUUGAAUAUUAUUUGUCUGUUCCUCGCUGUGCACCGACUGGCACAGGGUGAAAAAUUCCUUCCAUGGCUGAAGGGUUAAGACCCGGUAUGCUUGGCCUUGAAGAUGUUUGCAUGAUAAUAGAAGUUACCCCCUUUUUACCCCUUCAUUACACUUUUAUUUCAUUAAUCACAGAUAGCGCUGUGUCAAUCAAAGUUAAGGUCGGUAAGCCUAGAGCAUUAUUUUAAAAGCUUUAAUUUCAUUGCAAUGAGUUGAUGGGGGGGGGGGUUGAUAUUCAGCUAAAAGGUUUGUUGGGAAAUUCUAAAGCAUCUUAAUAUGAACAUCUUAUCGAAGAAGCUUGGCUAUCAAAUUAUCUUUUUUGGUUUGUAAACCUCAGAAUUUUCAUACUGGUUUAUUUCGUCAAUUUCGCCGUCAAUUUCGCAAAAAUCUACGAAACAAAUUUACAUAUUCACGGUUUUUAUUUUGGGGGGACAUUAUGGUUUCUUCCACUUUUCUAGUUAAAAAAUAUAGUUUCAGAAUCUUUGUUUUUGCGAAUUGGGGUUUUUCGCAAAAUCUGUGAUAACUGAAUGCCUGUAUGUCAUCGGCACUCGUCGCUGAAUAAAACUAUAAAUAUUCAUGCAUCCAGGUGUAUUAUAAAUCGGACAGUUUAUAAAUAACCUGAUAACAUUGGAUAUUUGUAAAGACUUUCCUUCACAAGCUCUCUGAUUCUCCUGAACCCUUGGUCACAGUGCCAAAACCAUCAGUUCGGCGAAAACAUGUUAAUGAUCUACAGGAUUGAUCCCAUCAAGGACCCCUCCAGGCCAAUGGUUGCACAAAUUGGAUACUCAGGAUGAAAAUCCAACCUGAGGAUGAAUCCUCACCCUGCCCACAGAGAGUAACGAUGGAGCUAAGACAAGAAGAUGUAGCAGAUAUGGAUCACAUCUUGGAAGAAUGUCCUCUGAUUACCAGCCAAGGGAAGGCCUGGCAAGACUCCACAGAAAUCUACAUCUCUCCAAGAGAAGCUAUGGGGAACAGAGAUAUUUGCAGUGGAAUGCAAAUGAGGAGAUGUAUUGAAGUGAAAGUGUACAUCAGGGGUUUUCAGAGCUUUUGAGGGCGACAUUUUACGGCCAUUGAUAUCCUGGCCUAUUUCAAGCCUGACAGCGCUCCGAGGAAGUGAUUGUAGUGUGUCCCACUUGUCCCAAUGACAAUGACAAACUGGACAAACACGGAGUGACGGGACAAACCUGUCUAUCACAAACCAUGUGACGACUGCACAGCGUGUUACGACUGAGAGACUGAAAACUUCCACAAAGCAAGAUUUCUUGGGCAGCGCCGAUCAAAUUCAUGUACGCUAGGAAGCAUCCUGUCAUGAACACUGCAAAACGCUAGGAGGCCAUCCACAUCAGGUUUGUUUAUGCUACUCUCAAUCGGGAUGGAGAAUCGGGAUCAAUCGGGAUGGGAUGGAGAAGGAUAACACCUUUCCAUUGUCUGCAACCUCCUUCUCAAGUCACAAGUAAGAGGAGCCAGCCACACUUGGUACUUAAAUCUCCCACCUGAGCCAUCUGGAUAUGACACCAAUACCACAGACAGGAUAAUGUGACCAAGGGUUCGAAAGAAUCUAAAAGCUUUUGAAAGCGAGUCUUUACAUAUAUCUAGAGUUGUCAUGUUAUAAACUGACCAAAUCAACAAUUAGUGCCAAUUUGUAAAUACAACAUGUAUAAUAUGUAUAUAGUUGCUAUAUUUUUAUCAUAAGUUAUGACUUUUUUUCAUUCAUUAGGUUUUUUGGGCGUUAUUCAUUGAGUGCUGGUAGAUUGUUAUGCAUAUAUUUAAGUUUAUAAACAUAUAUAUUCAAGAGCAUUUAUUAAACAAGACUUUUUCCGACCUUUUCCGAUAUCUAGGGACUCGGUGAUGGGCUUGGGCAUGAAUUGUUACCCAUUGUUGAGACAGGGUUCCCAUGCCUCAGUUAAUUCAAAUUAUUGCAAAGCAGAAUCUGAGGCAAGUUCUAACCAACAGAGACUUCUGACAGAAACCGUCUAAAAAGCGUAACCAAAAUAACUGAGUGUAGGGGCGGGGGUGGGGUAGAUUCAUAUGAUGACUUUUGGAAAAUGAAAUAAGUGUGACUUUUUAUCUUGGUCGAACUGCUCCAGAAACUUCUUUGGCAAUCUGAAAGUUUUAACACUUGAAUUUACGUCAAAAGUUAAUUUUGAGUUUAGAUCUGAUGAUUGAUUAGAAACUGUUGUUACUUAGCUUAAACCAACGUGAGUACCAAUUCAAAUUUUGUGUGUUCUCACAAGUAGCUGUUUGACAGCUUUGGUAAGUUUAUAUACCAUUUGUUGAUAUAAAUUUGAUUUUAAAUUAGGUGAUGGAUGGCCAACUGUACUUAACUUUGCUAAAAGCAACAAGUGCUAACACAAAUUUUGUGUUUUCUUACAAGAAGCUGUUUGACAGCCUUGGUAUUAAGUUUGUAUACCAUUUGUUGAUAUAAAUUUGAUUUUAAAUUAGGUGAUGGAUGGCCAACUGUUCUUAACUUUGCUAAAACCAACAAGUGCUAACAGAAAUUUUGUGUUUUCUUACAAGAAGCUGUUUGACAGCCUUGGUUAGUUUAUAUACCAUUUGUUGAUUUAAAUUUGAUUUUAACUUAGGUGAUGGAUGGCCAACUGUACUUAUAACUUUGCUAAAAGCAACCAGUGCCAACACGAAUUUUGCGUUUUCUUACAAAAAGCUGUUCAACAGGCUUGGUAUAAAGUUUUUAUACCAUUUGGUAUCACUAGUAAUUGGUUUGAUGAGAAUGACCUUUUCAAACGAAUGAUGGUCAAUUUCUGUGAUUUAAAAGUCUCAAAGGAAGACUAUAGGCAGAUAUCAGGUAGGCCAGAUUAAGUUAGACAGAGUCGCCAACAGGUGUCUCUUUUAUCUCACAAUACAACAAAACAGUGCACGCAUGGAUGGGAAAUAUGAUUAUUGCUGAAUCAAACAAACCUUGAGCCCCUAGUGUGCAUAGUCGCAUGAACACUACCAGUUUAGCCCCUUACUCCUGCCUAAAGUCCCCCUUUCACACUAUGUAUUACAGAAUAUAGUCUUUAUUAAUUCUUGAUAUUACUCUAUUCUCGGUUUUAAACGACCAGUCCGUUGGCCAUGCCCCUAUCCACGAUUAUAAUACUGCAUAGCCACAUUCAUGAAUGGAGGCAUGUUUUCAAGCGCGAAUUCUGUCUGGAUUGGCUAGUUCAGCAAUGAAUUGACAGAUUUGACGUAACCGGCUGGUCAUCAUUCUGGUAUUCUAACCAAUCACUAGUAAUCGUCAUCAUUUAUUCAAUAAGCAGCUAAGAUAAGAUUACACACUGCGGGCCUAUGCUCCGAAUUGGCCUGAGCGUUAUAGCAAUGCUAAAUUAUGAUCGCCUCAUUGUUGAAAAGGGGCUGGACAAAUUACACGCUAAACUGGUCGUAAAGUAUAUAUAUAUAUAAACCGAGAGUAAAGUAUGUAUAGGAAUACUUAGCCUUUGAAGAGUCUGUUGGAUCAAGCAAAAUCUUUGUUGAUAAGAUUCCAUAACCAAUUGCUGCAGUAUUGUGCUUUAGUAAAAAAAUGUGUAUUUGUAAAAAUGGAAUAAAAUACAGUUUGACGAAUUAAUGUUCCUGUUAUUCCUGUGUGGGGUUGCAUGGGGUAAUAGUGCAGUCAAAGCCAACAGUAAAAUUUCAUAGCUUCAUGAACCAGUAGAAUAUAUUUUCAUGCCAAUAGCAUACCUCAAAAAUUCU